CCUGCUGUCAUGCCUGGGAGCACUAGGAACACUGGAAAGGGUCGAGAAAUGCCGUGUGAUCAAUAUUGGAUUGGUCCUUGAGAUGCGAUGCUUGUUUUCAAGUGGCUGAGGCCUGGGUUACACAAGCCAAUGGAGUCUGUGCUUAAAAAAAACAUGUCAUCACGUCCACAUGGCCGGGGGAUGCGGGGCGGCCACCAUCCCCACCAGCACCAGCACCAGCACCACGGUGGCUAUGGGCACCGGGGCGGCCAGUGGAUGCACAAGGGAGGCAAUCGGGGCAAUAGAUCUGACUACCACCACCAGCACAACCAUGGUGGUGGGCGCUCCCCGAGGCCCGGCAUGCGACAUGCUGACCCAGAGAAGCUGCUGGCAUCGCUGGGACCAGAUGCCCAGCUCGCACUUACAACGGCCAUCAUUAACUCUGUCCUGAAAACCUCGGAGGAUAAGGAUCCUCGUGGAGGUUUCCGAGACAACAGGGAACCUAACUACCGCAACAGGGACAACCGGCGUGAGGGACGAGGAGGUUACUACAAGGAGGAGAUGCGACCACGCAGGCCUUACGGAGAGCCCCGCAGAUAUGAUAGCAGGUGGCACAACGAGGAGGGGCGCGGCCAUCACUUUGAGCGAGAGAAAGUCAACGCCGGCUCCCCUCGCCACCAGUAUGGCAACAGAUACCCUCCUGGCUCUUCCAAGAGGAGGUUGUCACCCCAAAUGCACCCAGGCCCCACUUACAAACGACAGAGAAUGGACAAAGUAGAUCCCAAUGGUGGGGAACGAGAUUCUCACCGUGACCUUGAGUUGAUGGAGGAUGACGGCCUGGAGGGCAUGGAGCACCCGAGGGAGAGGGAGCACCACACUUCAGGGUCAGAGGAGGAGCGAGGCCACCGGAACAUGGCUGAAGGCAUGGAAGGUGAGUCGGGACCCAGUGGAGUGCAGGUGACCAUAAGAGCUGAUGGAGAGCGGGCGGUGAACAGUGACGGCCACGUGAGGAGGGUGGCUGGCAGACUCUUUGUGGAGCUCAGGUGCCCGCACUGUCCCAACCAGAAGUCGAUCACUUUCAAGGAAUACAAGAUGCACCUGAUAAGUGACUAUCAUAAGUCACGGCUUCAGAGACUUGCAAGGAAACACACUGUUGUCCUGCGCAAGAUACGUGUACAGCAGAGGCAGCAGCAGAGGGACAUUGAGAACAAGUGGAGGGAGGAGAACCCUGAAGAAUUUAAAACUGUAGUAUCCAGGUUCUGCAAUGCAUGCAAGCUGGCGUUCAAGUGUCUGGGCAGCAACACCAGUGAAGGCAUCAACCAGCACAACAGGAGCAAGUUACACAGGAUGCAGCGCCACUACCUACACCCGCGCUGUGGAUUGUGUUGCAUCACCUUCCCAACCCGCAUGGAGUACGAACGUCACGUGGCUUCCAUCAACCACCUCAGGUUCUGGUUCGUCAGGGAUGUCCUCAUCGGUCACACCAGUAGCAGCCAGGAGCCCCUGUGCAGUGAACAAGUCCGUGUACCACGUCUUGAAGGCCAGGGGGAUGAAGCGGAGAAGGUGAUUCAGGUGCGCACUGCCACUAUUGACCAGGGAGGGAGCAGGCGCCCUGAUGACCGUGCACAGGAAGAGGAAGGAGGCGAUCUAGACCUUGCCAACUUCAUGACCUUGGAUUCUGUUGGAGAAGAUGAUGAAGAGGGUGGAGGCUCAGAGCACGAGGAGAUUACUGGAGGCGUGGAUGCAGCGGAAGCCCAGGACAAGGAGGUGACAGGAGCUGAAGAUGAUGACCUUGACAGCAUUUCAGGGCAGAGCAAUGCUGAGAAAUCUACUCCCACCAGGAGGGGGAGGGAGACCAAGGAGAUGGGGAACAAGUCAGCACAUAGAGAAGAGGAAGAGGAGGAGGAUGAGGACAUGCUGGAGACAGAGUGGGACAAGGAACAACAUGAAGAUGAAGAAGAGGAAGGUCACCAACCAUUGGGAACAGAGUAUGUGCGUCGCAUUGAGGCAUAUUACUGCAGCCUGUGCUACAAGAUCAUCCGGGCAGACUCGUCAUUGGGAUCUCGUGCUGUUCAGCGCCACUGCCGCUCCUUCAGUCACCUUUCCCACUACAGGGACCAUCACCCUAAUCUUCCCCAGGAUGAAGAUGGUGUAAGUGGGGAAGAUGGGGAGGGUGAAGUUGAUCUAGAGGAGGAACAAGACCAAGACAAGCUGUGGGAGGAGGUUGACAAAGGCCUCACGGCUCUCCAGGGUGAAAUCAUGACUGAAAUUGAGGGUGAGGAGAGAAUGCAAGGAAGUAAGGAGACAGAGGAAGAAAAGAAAAAGGAGGAUGAAAAUGAAGAUAAUGAAAAAGCAGAAGAUGUAGAAAGCUCCAGACAGGAACUUGAUGAUGAUGAUGAUAUCAAUAGCAUCAAAAAGGAAGAGGCACAUGUGGAUGGGGUGGGGGACACUAACAGAGACGCCAGGAAUGGUGAGGAUUGGGAGGAAGUAGGGGAAGACUUUUCUGUCUAAAGUUUCUCUCUCUCUCUCUCUCUCUCUCUCUCUCUCUCUCUCUCUCUCUCUCUCUCUCUCUCUCUCUCUCUCUCUCUCUCUCUCUCUCUCUCUCUCUCUCUCUCUCUCUCUCUCUCUCUCUCUCUCUCUCUCUCUCUCGCAAGAGUUGUAAUACAUCCCACUAAGUGUUGGUGCUGAUAGAGGAAGAAAUUUUCCUCUGUCUAUCCUUUACUAACUAGAAUGUUGUUAGCAGCCAUAGCCAUUAGUACUAGAACUGAAUUGUAAUUAAGAAUUGCCCUCAUGGAUGUCUUCAUUAGCUGUGUUCAUUAUCAUUUGGGCACCAAUAAUAGUAAUUGUAAUCUUAUAUCUUUCAUUUAGGGGCAUUGUUUUAGAGUAUCCAUGAAAGUGUGAUAAAAAUAUGCAGGCUUAUCAUGGUUUUCUAUCCUAACAUGGUUGUGAGACCUGGACAAGUAAAGUUGAUAAAAGAGUAGGAAGAAUGGAAGGCCAUUGUAAUAGGAAAACAGUGCCCGGGUAUGGAGGAUUGUGACGUCGGAGGUGAAUUGGGAAGUUGCAGAAUGAAAAACAAAGUCUCCUGAAAUGUUUUGGGCUAUCAGAGGAAUACAGAAAAGAAAGCCUUUUUAGACUACCUCUUGAUAGGUGGACGUGGCUUAGCCACACAUUCCAUAGCCAGGUUGGAAGACCACUGCCUUGGUGUUCCCUGUGUAUUGCAAGAUGGUAACUGAAAUGGGUGAAAUGAGAGGACUGGGAAUUCCCUCUGUAUUUUUAUUCUUAUAUUGAUAAUAGUUGUUACGUAGACUUAUAAUGUUGACUACUCACAUUGAAGGGGGAUGUCAGCCGGGUAUGUAGAUUGUGGAUCUUGGAGUGAGUUGUGUGAUACAAAUGAGGGUGGGUGGCCUGUUGAUUUUAGUGUGGGGAAGAAAUACACAAGGCAUUGAGUGAGUGCAAGGGUGUUAUGUCUAAAAAGAAGAGGUCCUCAUGGAAGGGAUAUCAUGCAGCCUUCUGUAUGGGACUCCUCCCACAGUGGAUUAGGAUAUUACAUAUGUUAGGUAGUUAUCAAGAAAUUGAGUGAAAAAACUCCAGGGGGAAUGGCAGUACUGUGCCUCUGAGGUGUAGACACAGUGACAUGCCUGAUACCUGGAUUUGUCUUAUUACAUCUGUCCAGUUGAUGUGUUCAUGCUAAGCACUUUCAAGAUUGUGUUUGCUUUGUCUUUAUUACAAGAAAUGAGCUUGGAGUAUCCUCCUUGUUUGAAGUCAAGCACUGUACCUUAGAAACGAAAUGGGCAUUCGUGUUGGAAGGUGUGCAUUGUGUUUCUCGGCCAGCAGGCUCUGCCCCAGUCCCACCUUAGCAUGUAGUGCAUAUUUGUAAGAACUUGACAGUAAUUUAUUAUACAUUUUGUAUUGAUCUGCUCAAAGUUGCAUAUUUUAUCAAUUUCAAAUGUGUAUGUUUUGUGGUAGACAUGGCUAGUUUUCAGGCUCAGACUGAAGGGCCUUCAUCAUGUACUCUUUCAGAGCAAAUUAUUGUAUAAGAAUAUUUCAAUAACUUCAGCUAUUACAGUUUCCUUUGUGAGUUAAGUGAAGAGACAGUUUGCUUGGUUUUUAUUUCUGAUACUCAAGUUACCUGAACAAUGUAAACAGGGAUCAUCCUGUGAUGUAUACUAUUUUUUAUGAUUUUCUGCACAGGAAGCAAACUUGUAGUUAGGUUCAAGUUAAUUUCUAGUUUUAAGCCAGAAAUAAAGUGAUGAAACUGC